AUGGCAGGUACUGCUGCUCUCCUCUUACGACAGGGGUGGGAGGGGCCUGGUGGUCUGGAGUGGGGCUGCCCUUCCUUCGUCUUCUCUCUAGACGAGUCUAGUCGCGACACCACCCAUUCUCUGAGUAGAUACCAGCUCUCCCUUGAAUCUCUGCUCGUUGCCCUGCGGCAAAACGACCCCGUCAGGCUUUAUUUCUGCCUGCUUGAUCUCACCCGCGGUGCUACAGAGCUCGACAAUGACUUCUGUCAUGCCGUCAAGGCUAUCCCUGGUACCACCUUCUCCGAGAUCCUGCGCAUCUUCGACCCCGUCAACGUCCAGAAGAAUGUCGACUCAGCUCCUGAGAUUUGUAUCUCUUACGGUGCCUCCGUCCAGACGCCCCUCGGUGAGCUCGUCAACAAGUGGGGCGUCAAAACCCUCUACGUGAGCAUCUUCAACCGCCUGCGCUUGAUUCAGCAAGCCCGCCGGUCCUCGCAGGUCCGGCCCCUCCUGAACGACUAUGCCGUCCUGCUAAGGUGCGCAGGUGCCACCUCCAACAUUCAGGCCGCCAAGGAGAUCUGGUUUGAGGUCAAGAGGGAUGGCUACCAGCACUGGAUCGAUACCCAGUUGUAUACCGAGUUCAUCAAGGUCCGCUACUUGACAGAGGCCCUCUAUGCGAAUAACAACCUGGCCAGGCUCCGCUUGCGGCCGCUGGAUUUAUAUCGCACGAGCAUCUGGCUCCCAAAAGCGACGGUAAAGAGACUGAAAGCCCUCGUUUCCAACACCACGAGCCGGCAGGCACAUCGUUUCGGGCAGAAUCAGGGCGAGCUCUACUGGGCCGAGCCCUUGACGAGGAUGCUGCGGAGGAGGUUUCCCCUGGCCAAGCUAGAGCGCUCGGCUUUCAGGCGCGGCUUUUUGCCCGCCGACGAGCUCCUCGCCUGCGCCGUUCUGAAGGCCAAUGGCCGUAAUGGCCGCACCGUGGCCAGCCGUGUUCUGCUCAAGGACUGCUGGGGUAUCAACGUCGUCAUAGAUUGGGAUGCUGGCACUGUGGAUGUCAGCGGCGGUGCGGACUUCCCACCGGGCUCCGCCAAAGCGCCCACCGAGGCCCUACUUGAUGCGGUCGUCCACUGCUUUGGAAACCAAGGGCAGGUCGUUGUGGCUGUCAAGCUGGUGGACUUUCUGUCGACGCGGUAUGGCCUCAUGGUCCCUGACAAGGUCUGGUCCGACCUGUUAGAUUAUGCGCGAAUUCAGCAGACGAGACCUGCCUCCACUGAGUGGAGGCUGGCCGGCUUUCCGAGCAGGCUAAUCAAGACCGAUACACUACUAGAUAUCUGGAACGUCUGCACCCAGCAUCCGUACAACUUCAAGCCAGGCAUGAAGGACUACUACACCCUCACCAAGAUCCUGAUCCUGGAAACAGCAUCCAAGUCGAGGCCCUUGGAGGCGAUCCGACAAAUCAGGCCCCUGUACCGGGACACCGUCCGGCAAUUGCGUGAGGCAUGGCAGGAGCUUGUCCUGACGACCCGACAGGGCGUACCGAAUUAUGCCGCCUACCGCCGCUACCGUGUGCUGCAGUCUAGGAAAAACUACAUGUGGUACUGUUUCCACUACACAGCGCUACAACUGCUCAAGAAGACGAAGCCCGGCCGAGUCGACGACCACAACGCGGUGAGGAUUAUCCCUGAGGUUGUGCGCGAGCUUGGGCCUUUCAUGCCCAAGACUAUCACGUACCGCAUCGCAACGGGCAUCGUACAGCUUCAGAAUGACCACGUCUCAGUGCAAUCUGUAGUGACUACACAGGCGGUGGCAGAGCCACGACCAAUAUCGGAGAGGCCACUACCGGAAGUCCAGGGGUCGGACAGUGCAGCGUCGCAAGAGGGAAACGAGAUCAACCAGGAAGAAGACCCGGCCAGUGAAGAUGAGAUAGAGGAUCAGGAUGACGACAUGUGUGGUCAUGCUACUAAAGAUUUUGUCGGAGCCGUUGCCUCUGGGGAAUCCGUCGUCUCUGCAGGCGACUCACCACCAAGCUCCACGGGCGUGGCGAACUUCCGUUUCCCGCCUGACUGGCCACUGGCAACACAGGUCAUUGAACGGCCUGCAUUCAUGUACCGGCCGCCGCUCAUGGCGCCCCCAGGACAAGUGUCGCUGACAUGGCUCCGGGACGAAAACAAAAUCUUUACGGGCUUUCACGACGAUCAGAGGAAGAAGCACUAUGCAGCACAUAGGGUGCUUCGGACGACGGUACGCGCGGCAGCCGUGCCAGUGGAUCUGGGCGCUGAGGCCACACAGAAGACACAGGUGAGGCACCUUGUGUGGAUGCAGAGGUGA